AUGGAAACGAUCUCUGAAUUCGUCAGUGUAUUAUGUUCGCUGCUCCUGGCAACCGCCGGCGUCUGUUUGGCGUAUUCAACCACAACCCCGGAGACAUUUGUUGCAGACAACGCAACGGUCGCGCACAGCCAAGCUGGCACUGAAUUAAUGGUGGACGCAUACCAGAAUCUACGAGACAUCUUGUCUAAACAACUGUCCAACAGCUACCCCGUGCCGCCCAAGUUUUACUCAUCCACCUACACGAUCUAUGCCUCAUUUGAACCGCUCCAGAUCAUUACGCUGGACGAGGUCCUUCAAUCUAUAUCAAUGUCUUCGGCAAUAACAUUGACCUGGCGUGACCCCAAAGUUAGGUGGGACCCCCGAGAAUUUGAAGGCAUCAUGUCUAUCAAGUUACCGUCAAGUUACUUCUGGCUGCCCACACUAAUCAUCCCCGAGACUACAGUUGAAGAAGGAGCACCAUUGAUCCCCGACGCCGUGGAUGUCACCUUCCAAGGAGACAUCCAAGUCAUGAUGCCGACAAUAACCACCACGCUCUGCAACUUGGAUCUCACUUACUUCCCCUUUGACGAUCAAAACUGUACGCUAGCGAUGAUGGAGUCUGAAUUUUACAACAUGACUCCCUACACCGUUACUCUUGGUGACAUGAGUAGAUACUUCGGUACAAACGCAGCCUGGAAACUGGUCAGCUACAAGUGCUACCCUCAGAUAUCUAUAGAAUCGACCCCGCCGUUCAGCUUUGUAAGCUGUCAUGUGGAGAUUAAAAGACGGAGUGCCUUCUACGUCAUUAAUCUGAUAGGUCCCAUGGGAAUGACCUCGCUGAUGACGCUGCUAGCCUUCUGUGUUCCGGCUGAUGGCGGGGAGAAGGUCAGUUUUAUCGUGUCAAUGUUUAUGUCUACGUCCGUGUUUUAUAACUACAUCAUCAACAUCACCCCACGCAGCAUGCAGAACCUGCCCAGGGUGAACAUCCUUCUUGUGGCUAUCGCGGUGCAGAUCAUCUUUGCUACCGCAGCGAUUGUGUUCGUGCUUGUGCGCUACAGUAAAACAAAGGAACGGCAAAAACAUCAUCAAUCGCCUAACUUCCCGAGACAGGACAAGCAUAGCGAUGAUCGUGGCCAAACUCUCAACCUAAAGUCAGAACUUGGCAACAGGACAUCACCAUUGUCGCAUCAAACAGCCACAGACAAGGGGUACGCUGAUGGAGGUCGCCCAGAGGACGACCUGAAGAAACCAGCGGAGAAAUCUACAGCUCCACCAAACACUAGAAACGAAGCAACAAUUGUGGCUAAGGACGUUAGCAGAAGUGCCAGGAUGUUGAGCUGUGAUCAACUGGACAUACUGUUUUUCUGUGUCAUGUGUGUGCUCACAGGUUUAUUGUACUUGAUUACAUUCUUUGUGUAA